UUUCCGUCCUGCUUCUUUCUCUCAGGCUCUGGCUAGGUUGCAAAUUCUUUGCUGCAAAUUUCUAAAACCAUCUGUUACUUCUCUUCGAUAGCGCCUCUCGAAGCAAUUGUAAAGAUGAUGUCUGUCAGAUCGGUGCAGCCAGCGCAGGCGCUCUUGCGCGCCGUGUCUUCGACCGGUCCGCGACCCUUCAUUGCUACACGGUCAAUGGCCACUGUCCAGUCCGAUAUUUUCAAGCCCACCAAAUACGGUGGAAAGUAUACCGUUACGUUAAUUCCAGGUGACGGAAUUGGUGCCGAAGUCGCCGAAUCAGUCAAGACUAUCUUUAAGGCGGAUAAUGUUCCUAUCGAAUGGGAACAGGUUGACGUCAGUGGUGUGGACACCGGAAACAAGCACUCUGAGGAGCUUUUCAGGGAGUCAAUUGCAUCUCUACGACGGAACAAGCUUGGUCUUAAGGGUAUCCUCCACACUCCUGUUGAGCGCUCGGGACACCAAUCUUUCAAUGUCGCCUUGCGCCAAGAACUCGACAUCUACGCGUCUGUUGUGCUCAUUAAGAACAUCCCUGGGUACCAGACCCGACAUGAGAAUGUUGACCUUUGCAUUGUGCGAGAAAACACCGAGGGUGAAUAUUCUGGCCUCGAGCACCAGUCUGUCCAGGGCGUCGUCGAAUCACUGAAGAUCAUCACUCGUGCAAAGUCAGAACGCAUUGCCAAAUUCGCUUUUAGCUUUGCUCUGGCAAACAACCGCAAGAAGGUCACUUGUAUCCACAAGGCAAAUAUUAUGAAGCUCGCCGACGGUCUUUUCCGCAAUACAUUCAAGAAGGUCGCCGAAAACUACCCGACAUUGGAGACGAACGAUAUGAUUGUUGACAACGCGUCCAUGCAAGCUGUUUCUCGCCCUCAGCAGUUCGAUGUCAUGGUUAUGCCUAAUUUGUAUGGAGGCAUUCUCUCCAACAUUGGAGCAGCCCUCGUUGGUGGCCCUGGCAUUGUCCCUGGUUGCAACAUGGGACGUGAUGUCGCGGUCUUCGAGCCCGGAUGCCGUCACGUCGGUCUGGAUAUCAAAGGAAAGGAUCAGGCAAACCCUACCGCUUUGAUUCUUUCGGGCUCGAUGCUUCUUCGUCACCUUGGCCUUGACGAGCACGCUAACCGUGUUUCUAAGGCCGUCUACGACGUCAUUGGUGAAGGUAAAGUUAGAACUCGUGACAUGGGUGGCCAAGCUACAACUCAUGAAUUUACACGGGCUGUGUUGGACAAGAUGGAAUCCGCCCUUUGAAGAUGCGGCUUGUGAAAUCUUUAUUGCAAGAUAGAAUUGCACAGUACCUACCUUAUUGACUCGCUAAGCGUACACUUGUAUAGUUAAAUAGUUUAUUUAGAUUUUAUUGAUCUGUAUGAGCAUUCACAAUUCAACUUAUCUCAUUGA